AUGGGUGUUCAAAGUCCAGUACAAGUCCACGGAGAAGUGGAAAUGUACAUAGCAAGGUUAGUUGUCAAAGGGUACAGUCAGCAGGAGAGGCUAGAGUACAUUGAAACCAUCUCACCAGUGGACAAAAUGGUCAGUGUGAGGGCUAUCAUUGCACUAGCAGCUGCAUCAGAUUGGUUUAUAUUUCAGAUGGAUGUACAAUGUCGUUCUUCCAGGCUGCACAAGUCCUUAUAUGGCUUAAAACAGACACCCGGACAAUGGAACCCGAAAUUGACAGAAGCACUAGUAGAUAUAGGCUUUGUGCAAAGUCACUUUGACUACUCUUUGUUCACACAACAGGUCGGACAUGAGUUGUUGAUAAUAUUAGUAUAUGUUGAUGAUCUUUUGGUGACUGCAAGCAACCUAUCUCUUAUUAAGCAAGUCAGGAAAUAUUUGGAAGAAAGAUUCAAAAUGAAGGACCUAGGAGAGUUAAGAUAUUUUUUGGGCAUUGAGUUUUCCAGAUCUCAGAAGGGCAUAAUCAUGUGUCAAAGGAAGUAUGCUCUGGAAUUGGUAUCUGAAUCAGGCUUAGCAGGAGGCAAGCCAGCAGCCACACCUUUGGAAUUCAACCACAAACUCACUUCAGUUGAGUUUGAUCAGUUAAUACAUGGCAAGAAUGCUACUGAUGAUGCAGAACUUGCUGACAAAGGGAAGUUUCAGAGACUAGUUGGAAGGUUGCUAUACUUGACUAUCACAAGGCCUGAUAUAGCCUUUGUAGUACAAGUACUCAGUCUACAUAUUCAUGCACCAAAAGUAUCCCAUAUGGAAGCUGCCCUGAGAGUAAUUAGGUACAUCAAAACAUCACCAGGACUUGAUUUGUUUAUGCCAGCAGGAAUAUGUCAACAGUUAGUUGCCUUCUGUGACUCAGACUGGGGAUCUUGUGUAGAGACUAGAAGGUCUGUCACAGGGUAUGUGGUGAAGUUUGGAGAAGCCUUAAUUUCCUAG